AAGUUUUACAGUAGAAGAUUGAUUAGGAAAACUACUUCUGAGUUGAUGCGAGUUAAAUAGAGGGAUGGAGAAUCUCUGAAAAACUAUAUGAGCAGGUUCAAUGAUGCAGUAUUGGAGGUUAGUUCCUUUUAUCAAGCUGUGGGAAUUGCAGCUGUGAUCUCCGGUCUUAAACAUGACAGGUUCAGAAACAGUUUGAUCAAACAUGCUGCCACCACCUUUAGCGAUGUGAACGAUAGGUCUCUGAAAUUUAUAACCGUUGAGGAGUAUGCCCUGGCGCAGAAUUCGACUCCUUCUAAGAACCAGAACCCAGAAUGGAGAGAUGACAAUCCGAGUCGGAAAAGGAUGAGGAUGGCGCAGAACCGAGGUCCGAUGUUGACCUCCCCACCAAGAUUCGGAAGGCUGAACUCAACACCCCCACAACAAUCUGCAAGUAAACCUCCAGUUAAUUGGACUCCCUUUAAUCUGCCAAGGUCACAAAUUUUUAUGCAGAUCAAGAAUAAGAUGGAUUUAAGGCAUCUUGGCCCAAUGAAAACUGCUGCUGCUAGCCGAGAUCAUACUAGAUAUUGUGAUUUUCAUCAAGAUCAUGGCCAUACUACAGAGCAGUGUAACAGCUUAAAGUCCGAACUGGAAAGUCUAGCUCAGAAGGGAAUGCUGAAUGAGCAAGGUGUGGGAUAUCAGCAAAACCCACCUCCGCUCCCACCACCAGCUAGAAUCAUACACAUGAUCAUGGGAGGUCUGGAAGCAGGUGGACUGAGCUCUAAACAGCGAAAGCUAUAUGUUAGAGAGGUUAAGCAUCAGAACCGAGCUCAUAAACGAAAGUUUGAUGAUGUUGAAUGGAAGAAUCAACCCAUUACUUUCACAUCUGCUGAUCUUGAUACAGUUGUUACACCCCAUAAUGAUCCCUUGGUCACUUCUGUCAUGAUUAAUAACUGUGAAGUACAGCGUGUCCUUGUUGACACCGGGAGUGCACCAGACAUUAUGUACUUCCACUGUUUCGAGAGUCUUGGACUAGAUCCAACGUUGUUGCAGAAAUAUGAUGGUCCUAUUUAUGGUUUCAACAACCAACAUGUUCCGGUAGAAGGAGUUCUUACCCUCCAUGUGGCUUUUGGGAGUGGCCGGACCUAUAUAACCCCUUUAGUCCGCUGUGGUUUCCCAAUCUCACCUCUGCAUGAAGUUCCCAACUCCUAUGAGAAUAGAAACACUGCAAGGAAACCAAGAGGUGGCCAGACAUUGUUAUCUCACCGCGGUAACACAACCAACGAAGGGCAAAAAUCAAACACCCGAGGCCAUUCCCAGCGAAUUCUUGAUAAUCAGCAAGUUAUGGGUGUAGAGAUUGUAGAUAAUCGACCGGAAGAUGAAAUCAGGGCUGCUCCGGUUGAAUAUGUUGAAGAAGUGCUCAUUGAUGACAGAGAUCCGAGUCGAAAGAUGCAGAUCGAAACUAGAUUGAACCCGGAGGAAAGAGCAGAGCUAAUAGCUUUCCUCCGAGCUAACAAUGAUGUGUUCGCAUGGACUUCGGCAGAUAUGCCAGGAAUUCCAAACUCAGUAUCCCAACACAAGCUUAACACCAAUCCAUUGAAGAAACCAGUGGCCCAGAAGCGGCGUCUCUUCGGGGGGGAGAGGCUUCAGGCUAUUAAAGAAGAGGUUGAGAAACUUCUACAAGCUGGUUUCGUCAGGAAAGUUGAUUACGGCGAAUGGGUGGCUAACCCAGUCCUGGUGAAGAAGGCAAACGGUAAAUGGCAAAUGUGCAUUGAUUACACAAAUCUUAACCAAGCCUGCCCCAAGGAUUGCUAUCCGAUGUCGAGCAUCGACAAGUUAGUUGAAGCAGCUUCAGGCAAUGAGAGGUUAAGCCUCUUGGAUGCAUAUUCUGGGUAUCACCAGGUGCCGAUGGCUCCCGAAGACGAAGAGAAAACCUCGUUCUAUGCUGGUGAUGAAAUUUAUUGCUAUGUCAUGAUGCCGUUUGGCUUGAAGAACACAAAUGCUACUUAUCAGAAAAUGGUGACCAUCGUCUUCCGAGCUCAGAUCGGCAAGAAUCUGGAGGUGUAUGUCGAUGACAUUGUAGUAAAGAGCCUGAAAGCAGAAGACCAUCUAGCUGAUCUCGACGAAACCUUUAACAACCUCAGAAAGAACAGGAUGCGGUUGAACCCAGCCAAAUGUAUUUUCAGCGUGGAGUUUGGAAAGUUUCUUGGUUUCAUGGUGUCCCGAAGAGGGAUUGAGCUGAGGUAUCCUAUAGCUGAGAAAGCAGCAUUAGCUGUUGUCACUUCGGCCAGGAAGUUGAGGCUCUAUUUCCAGUCACACCCAAUUAUCGUUCUCACAGAUCAACCUCUCCGGCAGAUUCUGCAGAAACCAGAGUGCUCUAGAAGAUUAAUUAAGUGGGCAGUAGAACUAAGGGAGUUUGAGAUAACGUUUCAGCAGAGAUCGGCAAUCCGAGCUCAAGCACUAGCAGAUUUCAUUGUCGAAUGCACCCCAUCGGGCGCUCUCUUGAUUGGUUCAGAGGGUUAUCGAAGCGAACAUGCUUUGAAAUUCAACUUCGAUGCAACAAAUAACAUGGCUGAAUAUGAAGCUCUGCUACUUGGCCUACAGUUAGCAUUGGAGUUAAAAAUAAGUGCAAUUCAAGUAUACAGUGACUCCCAAUUGGUAGUAAACCAAAUCAACUCAAUCUGCGAAGUCGUUGAUCUUGUGAUGGUUAAAUAUGCAGCCUUGGUGGCCGAGCUGAAAUGCAAAUUUCAGAAAUUCUGUCUGAGCAAAAUUCCCUGGGCUGAGAAUGAACAAGCAGAUUCUCUUUCCAAGUUUGCCUCGGAUAGCUCUUUAAGUUCCAGAUCCGUUUUUGUAGAGGUCUUAGAUGAACCAAGCUUCAUGAAGCCUCGGGUGAUGGAGAUUAGCACAAACCCUGACACGCCGAGCUGGACUGAUUCAAUCAUUUCCUUUUUACGAGAUGGAAUAGUACCUGAGGAUAGGCAGGAGGCAAUGAAGUUGAGGAAGAAAGCAUCUCGGUAUACAAUCAUUGAUGGGGUCUUGUAUAAGAGAUCUUUCUCACUUCCUCUUCUACGGUGUUUAAACCCCUAUGAAGCUGAAUAUGCACUUCGAGAGGUGCAUGAAGGUGUCUGUGGGAGCCAUGUUGGUGCUAGGACUCUAGCUCACAAAGUCUUAAGGCAAGGAUAUUACUGGCCAAACAUGCAUAAAGAUGCCACUUACUUUGUUCAGAAAUGCCCGAAAUGUCAAUUCUUUGCACAUCUGACUCAUCAACCAGCAGAGGAGCUCACAAACUUGGUAGCACCAUGGCCAUUUGCUCAGUGGGGGCUAGAUCUUUUAGGCCCGUUCGUGAAAGGGGUUGGUGGUGUAACCCAUCUGAUUGUUGGUGUAGAUUAUUUCACAAAUUAUGGGAUCAAGUUACAGUUCACCUUUGUUUACCAUCCGGAGUCCAAUGGCAUGGUUGAAUCUGUUAACAAAUGCAUUUUAGAAGGUAUAAAGCCGAGAUUGGAACAACAUAAGGCCAAAUGGGCAGAUGAGCUCAACAACGUCCUCUGGGCAUACAGAACCACGAGCCAAACUGCCACAGUAGGAGACCUUGUUCUUAGAAAAGCUGGCCUAACGGGGUUUGAAACUCGUUUUGGCAAACUCGCCCCGAAUUGGGAAGGCCCUUAUACCAUGACCAAGGUGCCACAUCCUGGUGCCUAUGUCCUCCAAGACACUGAAGGAAAGAGAGUUCCUAGAGUCUGGAAUGUCAAUAACUUGAAGAAAUUUUACCCCUAAUAAAAUUCUUUCAAGUGAUCUAUGUCUUACUGUUCUUUACACUUCUCACUUCGUGUUUGUUGAGAUUCAUUUUACCUCUUAUUCUAUGUAUCCAAGGUCAAUUAGCCUUGGAACCUCAUUUCUGCUUAGUAAAUGUCACUUCACAUG